AUGGAUAGUUGGCGGUUCUCUCUACUCCAUAGCGCAGCAGAAGAACAAAUACAUGGAUUGGGAUCAAUUCCGGGAAGGAGACGGAAUUGCAGAAGGGGGUGCGACAAAUGUGAAACAGCAUAUCAUGUUAGUAGUGCCUGCAUCCAAGAUGCCUACAACACCAGGCAUGACUUCAUAGUCCAUUGGGUCCUUAAAUCAUUGCUGAGCGGCCUAGGAGCCCCAGAAGAGAUUCAACUACAGUUUGGUAAGGCCUGCCUGUGUGUGGACUUCCUUGGCAAACGCAAGGUGGAAAUAAGAGCAGGAGGUAAAAUAAUUACAGAAAAACAACUCCACCACAACAAGCCAGACAUUCUCAUACACCUCUAUGAUCCAGAGGAAAUAAUUGUACUGGAAAUCUCAGUUGCACAUCUGCAAAACUACAGGCUCCAAGAAAAAAUCAAGAAGGUGAGAUAUUCAGUAAAUGGCUGUACACACAUAGACCACCAAAAUGUGGAGGAGACAAGCAGAGACCUAAAUCUGGUGGAUGCGCUGCGAUCAAACUACCAUUGCCCCGUUCACCUGGGCAUAUUUGUUGUUGGCUGCUUCGGGGAAAUAGUGGCCACUGAGGAGCAUAAGAACUUUAGAAAAUUAAUGACCAAUAUGGGCUUAAGCAAUUUGAAUAUCAGAAUACUUAUUAACAGAAGCUCCUACAGCGCCGCUGUCUCCACGAGCAAUAUAAUUUUGAAGCACUUAAAAUAUUAA